AUGCCCUACGUCGAGCAACUGCCGUUGUCCGGCAAGGAUAUCGUGGUGCUGACUAAGUUGCCGAUGAUCUUGAAGCAGUUCUAUAUCUUGAAAAAUAGCGGAAGUACCUUCAGCGUGUAUUUUGAAAAGCCUAUACUUCCGAGCCUUUUGAGGUACAAACGAAAUAAAAUGUGGUACAAACAGCCGUAUGAUCUGCUCAAGUGGUCCAGCUCAUAUUUUCGCACGUUGGCGGACAGCGUGGAGCCGCCGGCUAAGUCACGACUGGAAUAUCUGCCGCCAAGUACCGCCAAGUACCGCCUCCGGUCUGACUCUGGGCUUCCUCAGGGUACUGUUGCGACAUUGGAAGUAGACAUCGCUCUGGGACGUUCCUCAAUUGACGAAGAAGAACAAGAGGAAAGAAAGGCCGCUUUUUUAAAAAAUUUAAAAUUCGCAAAUAACAUUCCAACAUAUUCAUUACUUCUCGUUGCAGAUUACAAUAUAACUCUAUCCUUGGAGGCGAUCGCACGUUGUUGGGAUUGUCUCUGCUUGAAUCGUCGGGACUUUCAGACGAUCACGACGAUCGACCAGUUUCGCCGUAACUGCCAAAUGAAGAGGUUCCUGGCUAUCGCUGUGGGUCUCAUUGCCGGCAACCUCACUGAGACGAUGAUCAUGGUCUGCCAGUUGUUCAACCACGAGCCCGACGGUGGUUCCGCGAUUCCGCUCAGUUUACUCAUACAGAUAUACGAGUACCUGGCGAGAUUGGUGUGUGACGGUAACGAGAAGAGUUCCUGCGACGAGGAGACAAGCACACGCAAAGACAGCUCUAUCCAUCACACAUCCUCUGUGAACAGCCAGGAUACCGACGCGGACGUUAAUCUGGAGUCAAUGUCGAAGGACGAGGUCGACUCGUACUCAAAGAGACUCGUACUCAAAGACUGAUCUAUCGACGGAACCGAUGGAAAGCAGUUCGUUGGACAGGGAAGAGAAACUGGGCGCUUCGAUCGGCAGGGAUCGCGCGGAUAAGAGUACCACGUGUGGCUGGAGUUUGGGGCACGAAGGACGCAAGCAACAGCGACGGGAGUAUUCUCCAGAACCGAGAAUGAUGCGGAACUACGUAUCGCCUGAAUGUGCCCGGUAAGCGAACGGAUAUUUCCCGUCAAAUGUACUCUUGGAGAAAUCCAUCAAUCGUGAGCUUGUAAUAUUGGAUAAGACAAGUUUGGCUUUGGAUUUCCUCGACGGCAGUAUUCUACGAGAGAAAUAUGACACUUAAAAUUACCGAUUCUUCAGAUUUCGAACGUUUAAAUAGUUUUAUUUUCAGUUACUUUCACAUAUCUCUUGAGUCGUCGAUCUUUGAUGGAAAAUCAUACAUUUUUAGAAUCAUGGAUUUAAAAGUUAUAAAUUUAUAUAGUUAUAGAUAAAAUCAUAAUUAGGAUCAGAUCUGAAAAUGGAUGUCAGCAAUCGAAGUGAACUUUUCGAACAUGCAGCCAAUGCAUACAGGCCUGACCGAUUAUUUCAACAAUCUGGCGAAAUCCGACUGAACCUGAAAUUCAAAAUGCAUGUAUAAGAGCGCGUCUGUCAGCCGAACAAGUUGCGAGCGUAGUGGAUGACAGACUGCGCAAGACUACAGGAAGGUAUGGUUGGUCGUCGAAAUCCGAUACACGGAGUGCUCACCUAUGCACCAGCGAGUGACGUCGGAUUCGUGAUGACGAGCAUCGCACGGGUACAUGUGGAGCGCGGCUGCGAUAUGGAAGCGCUGUACAUAACUCGCAGAAGAUCGCGGCUUCGACGGUUUUCCGUUAGAAUCGAACUCUUUAUUAAAAUUUAGUUACAAAGUUGUUGGUUCGCUGUAUAACAAAGGAAUAACAUUUUAUCUAGUUUUAGAAAACAA